AUUUAGUAGUCUAGAAGGCAUACGCACCGAGUUCAAUGCAUUAUGACAGCCGAAUUGAGAGGGCAUAGAGAACGACAAUAAAACAAUACGCGAAACAUCUCACCUCAACGGAUACCCCUACGAUUGUGGCGGAACUAUACUUGCACAUACUCCACAGCCUUUCCAUAUCAGGGUAGUAGAUUGGUUCUAAUCACCGAGCUUCAACCUCUUAAAUGACGAACAGUCGCUCUACCACAACUGGCUUUCAUCCUCUACGAGAACAAUACCGUCUCAGCCAUGCGAUCAGAGCCCAAGUCGAGCCCAAUUUUGCAGCUUCCCAGCAUGUCCAAGCCUCCCGAUGGCGGCUUCAUGGCCUGGUGGCACGUCUUUCUAUGCCACAUGGUGUUUUUCAAUACUUGGGGGCUUGCCAACAGCUAUGGUGUGUUCCAGCAACACUAUACCGAAACACUCGGGCAUUCUGCUAGUGACAUUGGAUGGAUCGGAGGCAUUCAAAUGUUCCUAAUGCUCUUUGGGGGCGUCUUCUCAGGCCGUGCAUCUGAUGCCGGUUACUUUCGACACUGUUUCGUGACUGGGGUUAUCAUGCAAGUCUUCGGGCUAUGUAUGGCUUCUUUGUCGACUCGAUACUAUGAGAUUCUGCUUAGCCAAGCUGUAUGUGUUGGGAUAGGUAGUGGUCUAGUCUUCACACCCGGUCUUUCAAUCAUGGGCUCCUACUUCCAAAAGUACCGCUCUGUUGCAGUAGGCCUGUCGGCAGCUGGUGCCGCAACAGGGGGGAUGGUCUAUCCAGCAACAACCAAUGCGCUGCUUAAUCAUUCAAACAUUGGAUUUCCUUGGACAAUGCGCAUUCUCGCAUUAAUAAUGCUAGUCACGCACAUCCCAUCCGUGGUAGGAUAUCGGCCGUAUCUACCACCGCGCUCAACAGGCCCCGUCGUUGAAUGGAGUGCAUUUCGCGAGUGGCCAUUUGUGUUCUUCACGACUAGCAUGUUCCUUAAUUUCUGGGGUCUGUACAUGGCUUUCUAUUAUCUGGGGAUAUUUGCCCGUGAGCAAAUUCAUCUCAAAGAGUCAAUUAACCUCCUAGUCGUCUUAAACGGCGUCGGUGUCCUCGGGCGGAGUUCUCCCUGUUUCAUUGGCGAACGCUUUACGGGUAUUGUCAACAUAACCAUCUUCUGCUCCGCCAUUAGUGCUAUCUGCGUAUACUGCUGGGUUGCUAUUGGUGAUUUGCCGGGGUUAUAUGCAUGGGCAGUUGUAUACGGAAUCUUUGCCGGGGCUACCCAAGCCCUGCUCCCGGCGCUGGCGACUCGGCAAACGAAAGAUAUUACCAAGGUCGGCACAAGGACAGGCAUGGUUUUGACUAUAGUUAGCUUCUCGUGUCUAACAGCCCCAGCAAUUCAGGGUGCUCUUAUUCAAGCUUGUGGGGGAGAUUAUCUGGGUGCUCAGGCUUUUUCUGCUAGCUCUAUUGUCCUGGGGAUGAUGUUUUUGUGGCUCUAUCGGUGGUGUCAAGUUGGUUUGAAACUCGAUGUGAAAGUCUAAGACCGGGAAUACAUAUUCUAGGCGUUGUGGAUUGCAGGGCACAGGUGCAUAAAGUCAUCAUCUUGCAAGUGGCUUCUUGUCGGGGUCAGUGUGGUCUUAAAACCCAACCCACUGUGCUUCAUAAGGGUUGGAGCAAAGGCAAG